UUUAAGUGGCUCUUUUUUUCUUGCUUUAGGACCAGCUUCAUGUGUUAGAAAGUGGGUUGUUUUCAUCAUCUGCCUGGCGACUCUUCUUUCCCAUUUGCUUUAUUUUUUCGUCUCCGCUUUUUCUUUGCUCAUAUGGAUACUUCUCAGUGGCCACAGGGCAUAGGAGUAGUGAAAGGUGUGGAACCCUCAAAGGUAGUGCCAGAUCAACGAAAGCCAAGACCACAAAAGGAACAAGCAAUAAAUUGUCCAAGAUGCAAUUCUACAAAUACAAAAUUCUGUUACUACAACAAUUAUAGUCUCUCUCAGCCAAGGUAUUUUUGCAAGACUUGUAGAAGGUACUGGACUGAAGGGGGUUCUUUAAGAAAUGUCCCCGUUGGUGGUGGUUCCAGAAAAAACAAAAGAUCUAAUAAUAAUAACAACAAUUCUUCUUCAUCUAAUAGUUCUUCCACGUCAUCAUCAUCAUCCAAAAAACUUCUUUCAGAUCUCGCAAACCCUAAAAUAAUUAACGACCCACAUGACCUAAAUUUGACUUAUAAUCCAAUUCCCACUACUACUACUACUACUACUGCUGCUAGCAAUUUUAGCAACUUUUCUGAGUUUAUGGCCUUACCCUUAAUGAACCCUAAUUCCACAUCUUCAUUUAUGCCAAAUAAUUUGUACUCAUCAUCAACUGGGCUUCCUAAUUUGCAUGAUUUGAAGCCUAGUAGCCUUAAUUUUUCUUUGGAUGGGUUUGAAAAUGGGUAUGGAGGAGCUGAUCAUCAAGAGACUGCUCAUGGGGCAAAAUUGUUUUUCCCUAUGGAUGAUUUGAAGAUUAAUGUUUCAACGGCUAAUGAUCAGUUUGAAGAAAAUAGAGGGCAAGCACCUGAUCAAUCUAAUGGAUUUUGGAAUGGAAUGUUGGGCGGAGGAGGAGGAUCAUCCUGGUAAAUGAAAAGCAUGAAGGAAAUUAUAAAGGUGCUUUUUUUUUUUUUUUUUUUUUUUUUAGUUUGUGUUUUCAAAGUAAUUUUCGCAGGCUGAGUGACAUAUUUAGUUGGUUUAAUUUCCAGUAUAAUCAGAACUUCUACUGCUGCUACUAGUAUUACUGCUAACAGAUAGGAUAUAUAUCUAUAUAUUUAUGUAUGUGUUCUUUGUUUUCUUUUAA